AUCAGGAUCAAGCUCAAGAGGCAGACCAUCAGCUGAUCGCAUAGAGGGAGGACGUGUCUGGCGUCUCCUAUUUCUCUUAUUUCAGGCCUUUUAAACCAUUUUCCGGGCCAUUUACUCCACUGCAAUGGCUUCCACUUCCCUCCACGACCAGUACAUCACCCCACUGGCCUCGAGAUAUGCCUCCAAGGAAAUGGCGUAUAACUUCAGUGACGCCAAGAAGUUUAGCACCUGGAGGAAGUUAUGGAUCCUGUUGGCCAAGGCAGAACAGGAACUGGGACUGCCAAUAUCGGAGGGGCAGAUAAAGGAGAUGGAGGCCUUCCAGGACAUGAUAGACUACGAGCGUGCCGCCAAGGAGGAGAGGGAGACGCGGCAUGAUGUGAUGGCCCAUGUUCGGACCUUCGCUGCCGCCUGUCCAAUGGCCGCACCCAUCAUCCACCUGGGGGCCACCUCCUGCUAUGUGGGGGACAAUACGGAUCUGAUUCUUCUGCGAGACGGUCUUGACAUCCUGCUGCCCAAGGUGGCUCGGUGCAUCCAGCGGUUCUCCAAGUUUGCCGAGGAGUACAAGGACCUACCAACGCUCGGCUUCACCCACCUACAGCCGGCUCAGCUGACCACCGUGGGUAAGCGGGCCAGCCUGUGGGUGCAGGAACUGUUGAUGGAUGAGAGGGCGCUGGAGAGGGCCCGAGAUGACCUGAGGUUCCGUGGUGUGAAGGGAACCACUGGCACACAGGCGUCCUUCCUGCAGCUGUUCGAAGGGAACGAGGAGAAGGUGAAGAGGCUGGAUGAGCGAGUGACGCAGCUGGCCGGGUUCCAGAAGUCGUACCCCGUGUGCGGACAAACCUACACCCGUAAAGUGGAUGUGGAGUGCCUCAAUGUCCUGGCUUCCCUCGGGGCCUCCGCUCAUAAGAUCUGUACAGACAUCCGACUCCUGGCCAGCAUGAAGGAGAUUGAAGAGCCUUUCGAGACCAGCCAGAUAGGUUCAAGUGCCAUGCCCUACAAACGCAACCCCAUGAGGAGCGAGAGGUGUUGUGCCCUGGCCCGCUUCCUCAUGUCCCUCCCCGCCAAUGCCCUGAACACGGCCGCCACCCAGUGGAUGGAGCGCACCCUUGAUGACAGUGCCAACAGGCGCAUCAGCUUGGCCGAGUCCUUCCUGACAACCGACAGCGUGCUCACCACCCUGCAAAACAUUGGGGAGGGCCUCGUGGUGUACCCCAAGGUGAUCCAGCGCCACAUCUCCCAGGAGCUGCCCUUCAUGGCCUCGGAGAACAUCAUCAUGGCCAUGGUCAAGGCAGGGGGCAACAGGCAGGAGUGCCACGAGGAGGUGCGUGUGCUGAGUCAGGCCGCAGCCAAUAAGGUGAAGCAGGAAGGCGAGGAAAACGACCUGGUGGAGAGGAUCCGAGCUUCUCCUUACUUCAGUCCGAUACACAGCCAGCUGGACGCCCUCUUGGACCCUGCCACCUUCAUCGGCCGGGCGCCUCAGCAGGUUGAAGAGUUCCUGAAAGCUGAAGUAGAGCCAGUGUUGAGAAAGUAUGAAGGGCGCCUGGAGGGGACGGUGUCUCUGGCAGUCUAGUGCACCACUUCUGGAAGACACUGGCAUGAAGGGGGGGGAGGAGGAAGAGGAGGAGGUCUCUGUCUCUCUGUCUCUCUGUCUCUCUGUCUCUCUCUCUCUCUCUCUCUCUCUCACACAGGACUCUACAGGAUGUGCCCCCCUUAGGAUGUUGACAUACCCCUCAGGCACAUAGCUCCCCCAGGCACAUAAAAGGAGUCUUCCCCCCAACCACCAUACAUAGGUGCCUUCUUUCAGGAAUACAAAUGUUACUAAAUAUUGAUGCUUCAAAUGUUACAAAAUGUUUAUGCUUUUGAUAAUAAAAUGUUGCAAGCAAAUAUUAAA